AAGCAUCAGAUAAGAUAAGGGUAAUACCACGAGCAUAAUGAAACACAAAACAAAGCAGGGCUCCAUGGUGGCCUCGAACAAAAACGACUAUUAUAUCCUCAUGCUGUAGUUUGAUCAGAAUUUCCAAGAAAACAUGGCUGCCCGUUUGGCUUUUUGUGCGCAGCUGCUGUGGCACCUGUCAACUGACGCAUUUACGGUACGGGAUCGAGAGACAACUGUCCUUGAUAAGGUACUUGUGUGUUUUUGGGUACAGGUUGUUUUUGACAGUCCGGACCACGGCUGGCAUAUAUGUUUAUGUAUGACGAAUGGAAUCUUGACCUUCUUUUUGUCAUCACCUUCUGUGAUAGAAGGUUGUUCGAGUAUACUUGAUCCCUUUUAUCAGGUCAACCACGACGAAGGAGAGCUUGUCUUUCGCAGAUUAGAGUCAGACGAAGAUGACGAGGAGGACAAGGCAAUCCUAGGAUAUGCUUAAGGCUCAAUAUUUCAUUUCUAUAAGUCGUUUCUCGCAAUUUUCUUGUUGGGCAUCUGAAGAAAUGAACGCAAGAAAUGAAACGUUUUGCCCUCUAAUACGCGGAGGAUCAAGAAAAAGUGACGGCGCCAGAGAAGGUAGAAGAGACAGAGCACGGAAGCACAGAAGUAGGAGAAGAUGUCGCACCAAGAGAAAGCAAGUCACAGAAAGGUCGUGGUACUAAGUCCAAGAAUACGGAGGUGGACAAGGCUAUAUCAAAGAAGAAGGACGAUAUCGUGCAUAAUCAUGAGGAGAAAGCUGCACAGAAGGUCUCGUCAAAUAUGGAAGCGAAGGCUGUAGAGACAGAGACUUCUGAGAAAGUUUCCCAGCUGAAGAAGGCGGAGAAGGUCUCAAGGAUGGAAGAGGACCAGAAAGGGCCGAAGGUGUAUACCGCUGAGAAGAGUGAGAAGGCCACACAGACGAAGAUGAAAGCUGAGAAGGUGUCGAAGAAGGGUGAGAAGAGAGUCGAGGUCCCCGAAAAGGAGAAAUCAUCAAGAGAAGUAAGCGAGGAAGUAGACCAAGACAUAGAGGAGAUUCCUCGAAAGUUAUGGGAGCCAAUACCUCUCCUUGUGUAAUAGAUAUAGACAUUCGGACCUCACUCGUGUAGUUGUCCAUGAUUUUUCACUUGUCAUGCACACGCGCUGCUGGUCAUGUUCAUGUCCUCCGUGCAGAAUAGGUAUCUAUUCGAGUAGUUGUUUCAACGUUUGAGUGAAAGGGAUCGCCCGAACUUGAAUUUCAAUCCAAGGCGAUAAAAAACCAUUUUUUCGAGGAUGGGGGAAAAUUUCAUGCCAAUCCUCGAAAAUCUGGUUUUUUAUCGCCUGGAAGUAGAUUUCAUUUUCUGGCGGGCCCUUUUGAUCAAACAGUGAAACACGAGCAUCAGUACAAUGUCAAUCUUAGUGACAACGCUGUUAUCAACCACUUUGACAGUGCAGUCCAGACCUCCCCAUAGAGAAAUAUACUACAUCUUAUAACAGUUUUGAGAUUGUAGUCGAAGACUUUUAUAUUCUUCUAUGAAUACUCAGCUAACAUAUGUGCAGCUUAUAAUGUUCUUCUUCCACUCACCCUUUCAUUUCCCAGCAAAAGCAAGCAGCAUAAGGCCAAGGUGGAGGGGAAUGACGAUGACGAAGGUGCUUUAGACGAAGAGGACGCUAAAUCAGAAGUAGAGAAGAUGCAGCCACACAAAACUGGUAGGAUGAACAUCGUCAAGACUACUCAAAAGACGAAGAAAGCUACCAAAUCUUCAUCAGCUUUAGUGAGCAGACGAAGAGGAGGCAAGAAGAAGAAGCAUGCGAUUGAGCAAGAAAUGCUCGGUCCUCAGAAGGCAGAGGAUUUGUGCGCAAAUCAUGCGGUGACAGCGGAAAAGGCAGCGUGCUAUGCUUAUGACUGCUCUGGGUUGAGCAAGAUAUUGUGUGUAGAGUUAUAGUUUGUAGAGUAUGAACAUGAUCAUGAUGUUCUUGAUUGAUCCAUUGCAAUAUGUUUCCAAAAAUCACUUUCACUCCGAUGAAUCUUGCCUUCAACACUCGCGUCUCGAAGUGGUAGUCCUGUGUGAGGCAAAGCUAAAAAAAUCCCGGAGUAGCGUACGCCUGAUAUUAGAUCUAGGAAAUCCGUAACAUCCUUAUAGUAAUAGUACUACUUAGUCUUAGCAUAUUACUACUCCAUUGAAAGAAUUCCCAAACUACAACGUUUUUUUUUUGCUACAUCCAACCAAACAACUCUCCCAACCUCUUCUAACCUCGCAUGCUAAAGGAUUGUUACAACGCUACCAACGAGACUACCACAGUUGAUGCGGACAACCUGAAGCCGGUCUGCGAUUUCAUCUUCACCGAUCAAUGCGCUUGCUCUGCGGAGAACUUCUUCACGAUUACCACUGGCAGUUUUUCUUAAGGCUCGUAUCUAUCAGUAGAACUUCAUGAUGUGUACUAGUACAGCGUUCUUUACAGAUAUCUAUCGAUUCAUGUAUAUGAUCUAUUUCGUAGAACUCAAAGAAGACUCAGGGAAGUCGUAGGUCAAAUCCGAACCGGCUAACAUCAUCAUCUUUCGACUCAUGUAUCUAUAUGAUCUUGACAACGAUCUUCUCCGUUUCCCCCUCGGAAUUCUGAGAAGAUGGGCUACCGCUACUUAGCAGUAGCAGAUGAAUCCCUCUGCGCUCUAAUCCGCUUUGGGCCUCUACCAGUACUUUUUCCAGGUUUCGUCUAUGGACCUUGCAGCAAGCUACAACAAUGCGACGCUGACAGCAUGUUCGAAGAAGAAGAUGCUCACGUGCGGUGUGUCGGAAAAUUAUGGAUUUGGAAUGAAUAUGUCCGUGUCGGAGUGCUAUCCUCAUUGUGAUUAGUGAAAUAGAAAUCCAAAAAAAAAAGAAACGAUACAUUGGCCAUCUUUCUUUUUCUUGCGCAAUAUUCUACUUAUAGUAUCUUCUUCCAUCUUCAAUCACCUACUUCACCUCUAAGUUACUAGCGCAACUACCAGAGGCGUGAACCUGUUUACGCUUGCGUUUGCCGCGAUUAUGGCGAUUUGGGGUGCAGCGAUUGUUGCAGCGUAACAAGUAGAAUGCUCACGAGAGCAGAAGAUGAAGGAGAAGAUGAGGUCGAUGUACUCGACCUUCGUUCAUUCGUUUCACUUUCACAACAUCAACGAAUUCAGACAUUUCAACAUCAAAAAGUACCGAACCAGUUGUACUCCUGUAAAAGUAACAAGUCAUUUUCAUUGUACAAGGCCUCUCCAAAUUCGAGAUACACCUAGCGAGAAUUACAGAAUAAAUUUAAAUCGUACUACUACCUAGCAGAAAAAAUCAUUUUUAGAGUAUCAUGGAAAAAACUAUGUACAAGUCUUUCUGAUGAGAUCUCGUAGCAUAAAACUAUAGUGACAAUGAACAUGCACAGAGAUGAACAGGUUGUGAACUACAGAUAUUUCAUUCUUGGCAACCUCAAUUACCGACUUUGACGAACAAGGCACAGCCACGGCAUGGCUACAGGCGAUGUGAUUGCCCUGUCGCGGACGGGCAAGAAUGCAAGAAGCCGUGCUGCAUGAUCUCUUGAGCGCAUUAGAUCCACAUUAUCCUAACAUUCCUGGCACGGAGCCUACAAACCUCAUUCUGCUUGGAGUCUCAAAAUUAUCGUGAAUGGGCUACUCUGUACGUUCGUUUGUCUACCUUCUGUUAUGUAUGUGGUACACUUAUUGUAUUCCACUGGUGCUUCCAGUGCUGGUACUACCUCAACUUCUUCCGGCUUUCGAAAAAUACCUGAUCGAGAACCCCUUCCUAACCUUGAACUUGUUGUUUUUCUUGAACGUUUCUGUGGGAUUUUGGCUCAUCGGAUGGCUUGGGUGGAUGUAGUGUGGUUGAUA